AUGUUGUUGUCUCAGUUGCUCAACUUCAUCACCACCACCUUCAUCAUUUUGGUCUUCUCAACCACCGCCACCGCCGCCAACCUUUCACUCCCUCACCCUCUCAUCUCCUUCCUUGAAAGCCUCCCACAAUCCUCACAGCGCCUGCUUCUCUGGAACAACACCCUGCCACCCUGCCAAUGGCCGGGUGUCUCCUGCUCUUCCAACUCAACAAGCAUCACCUCAAUCGACGUCUCGAGCCUCGGCCUCUCCGGCCAACUCUCCUCCUCCGCUCCCCAUCUCUGCCGUAUCACCACCCUCCGUGAGAUCAUUCUCAGCUACAACAACUUCUCCGGCCCUAUUCCCCCUUCCCUCUUCCACUGUCCUUCACUCACCAGCCUCCGCCUUGGCUUCAACUCCCUCUCCGGUCCCAUCCCUCCGGACGUCCUCCUCGCCACCCAUCUCACUGAGCUCGUCCUUAGCAACAACUUCCUCUCUGGCAGCAUUCCCAAACAACUCCUCCGCCUCCCCCACCUCCAACUUCUAAAUCUCCACAGUAAUAAUCUCACUGGCCCUUUACCUGACUUCCCACCUUCAUGCUCUGUUUCCAAGCUCAAUCUCAACAAAAACAUACUCUCUGGCCCUCUCCCUCCUACUCUUUCCAACUGCGUCAACCUCACCGAGUUCUUAGUUUCUUCAAACAAGCUCUCGGGUAUCAUCACUAGUGAUGCCUUUGUGGGUCUUCGGAGUCUGCAGUGCCUCUUCAUGGAAAACAAUGACUUCACCGGCGAGUUGCCGAGGAGUUUGCUUGGUCUCACUGGUUUGACAGUGCUGGUCCUUUCUAAAAACCAGUUUAAUGGCACUAUACCUGAAGCCAUUGGCCACCUUCAGUCUCUGACCGAGAUUUUCCUCUGGGGGAACAAUCUCACCGGCCCCAUUCCUCGCUCUGUAGGUACUCUUGCACUUCUGAAAACUCUGGAGCUUUCAAGUAACCAGCUUGUGGGGCCUUUACCAUCCGAGCUUGGGAACUGCAGUUCCUUGGUUGAACUUCUGCUUCAGUUUAAUCUCAUUGGAGGUCCUAUCCCACCGGAGAUUUCCAAUCUGAAGAAGCUGGAGAAGCUCUACCUCUUUGAUAACGAAUUGGAGGGAAUCAUUCCACCGCAGAUUGGAAACAUGACCAGUCUCAUCGACUUGCAGCUUUACAACAACAGCUUGAGUUUCCGGAUUCCUGCAGAGGUCGUUUACUUGAGGAACUUGAGGUAUAUGUCAUUGGCUUUCAACAAGCUUUCCGGCGAGGUGCCUGGGGAACUUGGCCGGAACUUGUCCUAUGGCUUGGUGAAGUUGGACUUGACUGGAAAUGAUUUCCAUGGGCUAAUACCUCCAUAUCUCUGUGAAGGGGGGUAA